AUGCAUUCCCUUUGGGUGCGCGUGGCAGAGAUUUGUUCAAUGGCUAUGAUGAGUUGCUUUACUGGUGUUAUGCUUCUCGUGGCUAGCAGCAUCGUCAUGUCGCAACUCCAGCCCCCGAAACCCAUUAUCAAAGAUUUUAAUGUGGGAAUUAGUCCAUUGGUGCAAACGCGAUUACCUCUCGUCUUUGCUCAGGGUGAAUACCCCCCGCCUAUGCAAGAUGUGUUGUUGGUUGGAAUUAGCCUCAAAGCCGAUUUCUCCGCAGUGUGGGAUUGGAACACAAAACACAUGUACGUCGCUUGCAUCGGCCGCUACCACACCAAAAGCAACAUGACCGUUGGAGGAGUGAAUCUACAAAAAACACAUGAUGUGACGAUAUUUGACAAGGUGCUGCGUAGCAAGGAGGAAGCAGCCAAUUGGACACUCGACAACGCGAAGAAGUACGCCCUCGAGAACGAGGAACUCGGUUCACUUGCAGGAGCGGCUGUGGAAUUGAUGAUCCUAUACCACCCGAUGCGGCAUUACGGGUACUCACCGUACUAUACAGUACAGCCUGGUAAGAAUCCGGUGAUGUUCCAACUGCCAACCGCUUAUGAGAAAAGAACUGAGGAGGACGACAAGAAUGCCAUGUGCAGCAGAGGAUACGCGUAG